AAUAAUCUAUCUAUCCAGUUCAUGGGUCCAAAACAAACGAAGAAGAGAAGAGAAGAGAAAGAUGAGCAGCAAUGUGGUGUGCUCGAGUCCAUUGAAGUCCCCCUUUACAAUUCGCGUCAAUUCAUCUUCUUCCCUCCUUUCAAUCUAUACCCUCAAAUCCAUUCGUAAAAAAUCCUCAAAAAUCUCUUGCUCUGGUUCCGAAGAUCGACAGCAACUCAACCUCUCCGUUCUUCGCUUCACUCUCGGAAUACCCGGAUUGGAUGAGUCCUACUUACCAAGAUGGAUGGGGUACGGCUUCGGCUCGCUUCUGCUUCUCAACCAUUUCUUCGGUUCCGAUUCGAGCGUCGUCACACCAGCCCAGCUAAGAUCAGAAGUUCUUGGUCUUUCUUUGGCUGGAUUCUCUGCACUUGUUCCUUAUCUUGGAAAAUUCCUUAAGGGAGCAUCUGCAGUGAAUCAAAAGAUUCUGCCAGAGGGUACUGAGCAGAUAUUUGUAGUCUCAGAAAAUGUUACAAGCAAAACAUUAAAGGAAGAUUUGGCUUGGGGAACAUAUGUUAUCCUACGUAAUACAAACACAGUGUCAGUGAUUGUUUACGUUCAAGGGGCUUUAUGUGUACGUGGUUAUUGGAGCAUACCUGAAGACGUAAUGAAAGCUGAUGUUUCCAAUUGGUUCCAGAAACAAAUUCAGAAUAUUGGCAUAUCAAAUCUGGAAAACAGCCUCUAUUUUCCUCAGCUUGCAGAUGAAGGACUUCAGAAAUUGCUUCCCAAGGGGAUUCGUUCUGUUUUCAUUCAACCAGUACUUCUGAAAGCUGAAAAUAAAGGCGACAAUGAAGUAGUUGAAGAAAGCAAGGGGUUCAUCCUGCUGGCUUCUACCAGUGCUUAUGCUUACAGAAAAAAGGACAGGGAAUGGAUAGGAGCUGUUGCCAACAAAUUCAGAGGGUUUGGAGAAGAUUGGUGAAGUUGUUGGGCAAUUUUAUUGCAGGCCUGGCUGAAGAAUGAUGAUGGAUCCCACACUUCCAACCCGACGAGUAAAACAUAACUAGUGUCUAUAGAAGGUAACUGUAGUGUAUAUAAUUUUGAAUUUGCAUAAUUGAGAGUGGCAGUUGAACAUUCAUUAUUGUGAUAUAGAAAGGAGGAUGAAUAGGUAUUAUAUACAAAGGGGAACCAUAGAUUGGAUCUGUGAAGUAGUAGUUGUAGUUUGAGGAUAGUAAUCUACACUAUUAAUUAAAGGGCAUGCCCAUUUUUUUCAUUCCAUUUAUAAAUGGAAGAGAAUCCAUAUUUACCGGAAAAGAAGGAAAGGAAAUGGCAAAAGAAUGAUUGCAAGUUGUAUAUAAUAAUUUAAUCUUAUAUAAUAUUAUAUGAAUUGUGUGUCUAAGUCUAAUUAGUCUAAAACAAUGAAUGACCCACUCCAGUCUGGUUCCAGCUUUGUUAAUGGGUCCAUUGUGAGAAGUUGACCAAAACAGCACAGCACAUCACAGCACUAAGAUGGGUUUAAGGCAUUUGGCAUUAUUUAUGCCCCAAAGAGAAUCUUGUUUUAAGUUCUAGCUAGGAUUUGCAGUAAUUGAUUAUCAUUAAUAAUAACAAGGAUUGGUUACAUAUUA